CACUAGAACUAAGUAAUUAAAGUCAACAAAAUUUGUUUAAUGUACUCAAAAUAUAGCCAAUGAAAUAUAGCUGUUUUCACAGUUAACAUCCCAUAGCCAAGACGAUUUAAAGUCGUGGUCAUGAACAGAAUAAAUAAUUGUUGUCCCAGUUAUGUAACGAAAGCAUGUUGUGUCGCAUCCUGACAAAAGAGGCCACUCGCGGUCCAGAAUCAAAACAACAAACAAGUGAUCGGGAACAAUCUAAAAAGCAAAUCAUCUUGUUUACACGUGCUAAUUUGUUUUCACCCGGCCAAAAUAUCACUCUAGUCUGCAUUGGGACUGCAUUCCCUUCUUUGUCAAAUGCAAUCAGAGUGAAAAACCAGUUCAAAGAAGACUCCAAAACAUUGAAAACAACGAAAGAAGCAACAAAAGAGAACAAGAAUGAUGUUGCAGAUGGACACGAAAUGCACAUGGACAUGAAAUGUACAGCACAUUGUUUGGUGAUGAUGUCAUUCGUUUUUGCCCCUGCUGCGGGGCGGCCAAAUCAGUGUCGCAAGAUCCAAGAUCCAAGAUCCACCGUCCCAUGAAACUUGACUUAAGUCUGCAUUAGGACUGCGUUCUACGAACGCAAUAAAGCUUCAUUGCAUUGAAUCUUUUUCAGUCAAUCAGCGGGAAACCAGUUUGCCAAUCAUUGAAACCGAAAGUCAAAAUCCUUGUCAGACUAGUUAAUGCUACAUUGUUUACAUUUCCUAAGAAUUACAUAACCAAAAAACCUUCUUUGUCCCAACACUCCAAAUUCUUGUAACUUUUAGCUUCUUCUUGUGGUGUGUUCACAAUGUCAGGUUAGAAAGGAAAAGCUUUUAAUUAGAUCUCCUUAAGCAUCCACCCCCUGAAGCUCACUGACUCUUGUGAAGCUAUGUGACGUAAUUUGGCAUCAAACAAGGCGUCAUUGUCUGUAAGCUGCUGGGAUUGGUUGAAGAGUAAAUGUACCAAUUGUCCUGUUUUGGAGGUGUCAGCCAGAUUACUUGGCACAAAACGUUUCCUCUUAACAAAAGAGAGAUUCCUGCUAGCGGAAAAUUUACGAAGUGCUUGAUGCUCGCCAUUUGAAUUUUCUAAAGUGCUUGCUGUUUGCAAGACAAGUGUGAUCACUGCUUGUGCUUGGAAAAAAAACCGCAUUGCUCACAUGCUUGCAAAUUCUCGCAAAGACCAUUCCGUGCCACUAGAUAUGGACCUUCAGACAUGCUACAAAUUGAAAUGACUUAGACUGGUCACUAUAUAUACACACUGAAAACCACCUUUAGCAUCCCUAAAACUCUGAAAACCAGAAGCCUUUUCACCUCCUCACUCAGAUGAAAAGUGAUUUAUUUUCUAUUAUUUUAAGUCCUCUUAAGGCAAUGCAAUUUUUUUACUGUGUUGUGAUCAAGAACCACCUUUACCAUUCAUACAAACCAUAUAGAUCAACAAACACCUUGACCCCCUCGCUCAAGGAAGAUGUGAAAAUAAUCUGAGUCCCCUUAAUCAGAUGCAAUUUUCAAGCUGUAUAUGGACUGAAAAAAGACUUUUACGGUCUGUCAAAAAAAAAAAAUUCUUUAAAAAGUGGGCAUCCUCACAGGAUACCUGGGUGCCCAUCUGGGUGUUUUUCAGAAAAAAAGAUAUUUUUAGGAAAUAUUACCCCGAGACAUACUCUAAAGUUUUGGUGCUACGGUACCUGAUACAUGUAGUUCUCUUAAUAGGAUCUUUUUAACAAAAGCAGUCAAAAGAAUAGGUUGUGGUACUUUUAGAGUUGACAGGAGUUGAAAGCUAAUGGGCUGCCUGUUCUUUCUUUUUUUCAUGUCCUUUUCUGUGCAAUUUGUUCGCUGUAUGGCUUUAACAAGGUAAGGCUCUGUAUCUUAUCAAACUCACUUAGUAACAAAAGCUAAACAUUCUAGGGAAAGCAGGCAGGGUGAUGGGGCAUCAAAAUCAUCUUAUACUAAAAGUUUAAGCCAGCCAUCAACAGGACUGGCAAUGUCAUUUGCAAGCAAAUCUUUGUUAUCAGCUCCUCUGGGUAGCUUGUCACAUCCAGGAAAGCUGUUAUCUGGUUCAUCACCGCUGAGUCUUUUUCAAACAUCAUCUCAACACUCAGUGCUUUCAGUUCCUCUCAGUAGUCUCUCGGGCCAAGUAGGAUCACAAUCACUGUCAGAACCUUUAAAGACCACGCCGCAGAAUCCUCCUGUGUUGUUAUGCAAACCAGAAUCAUCGUCAUUAUCAUAUCCAACCCCUCUCUUAUCCAUUUCCCUAAGUACAUUAUCUCAAACUCCAACAUCUGAAUGUGAUGUGCAAAAAGCAAACUUUCUUGGAGACCCUUUGUUAUCAACUUCACUCAGCAGUUUAUCAUGCUCCCAAAAUUUUUCAUUGGGUCAGCCAUCAGCCUUGUCAAUGUCAUCAUCGUCAUCAUCUUCUGGAAAAUUUUCAUUGGGUCAGCCAUUAGCCUCAUUAUCAUUAUCAUCAGCCUCAUCAUCAUCAUCAUCAUCAUUGUUAUCACAACCAGUGUGUCCACUUAUAGCAUCUCAAACCUCCAAAGCAUUUGAGUCAUUAAGUACUCUUUCAAGAGCUGUAGAAAUCCCAUCAGUGGAAGUACAAGAAGAAGAACACAAACAUGGUACAUCAGAUUCUUUGUGCCAAAAGUUGCACAAUGCAGACAGUGUUGGAAAUGCCAGUGAUAGUAAUCCAAAAGAAAAGGACUACAACCACAACCAUAAAGAAGAAAAGAAACCCUCUGCCAUAUCAGUGAUAUCAUCCACAUUUGAUUCAUCUGUUGUCCAGGAAGGAACAAGAUCACUAUAUGCAAUUGAUGAGAAACCCCUGGCUUCUCCUAUUAAACUUACAGUAGACAUUUGCAAUGCAAGGUUUCAGAAAAAAUAUGUUGACAGGGAAAGACAGCAGACCAGAACAUUGGAUAGCACUCCUCCUUUGGCUGCCAAGCCUUCGAUGUUUGCUUUGGCCUUAUGCUAUUCUACACAGGCAUCUGCAAAAAAACCCUCUGCUGACAAACCAGUAAAGCAAAAUGUUGUUAAUGAUAUAAACAAUUCAAGUUUUAUAAACAUAACUCCUUUUAAUUUUUGCUCCCCAUCACCUGAUGAUGUUGUGAAUGAAAAGCAAAAAAGAGCUUUCUCAAGAAAGAAGUGAAGGAUCGAGGCUCAACACUCACUUGUCUUCAUAGGUUGGAGCGCUGUGGUUUGCUAAGAUCAUACCAAAUUGUACAUUAUAUUUUGCUUGACUUUUAUUGUAUACUUCAGUUCUUUUGUAGCUUGCUUGAAUUUUUUUUAACUAUAUAUGUACAUAUAUUUCUUUUAUCUUUAAUAUAUUGCAAAAAAAAAAACUACCUUGGAAGGAAACUUGACAAGUUUGAUUAGUUUAUUGUUAGCAACAAAUGGUACAAAUCAUACUUAAUCUGGAACGAGAUCAUUAUUCAUAGCAAGCCAAAUUAAUACCAAGUAUAUCCAUUUGCUCCUAAACAAUAAGUGAAGUGUCACACAAGACUUUUUGCUAGGAUUGUACAUGUACAGACAUUACUUUUUUAAUUUUGGUUUUAUGCUAGAAAGUCAUGGUCCAAAUGACAUUCCUUUCUUUUCGUUGUAAUCUUUAUAAUUUUCUUAUCAAUGACUGUGUUGAUCACCGGUAAUUACUGACAGGUGCAACCAGUUUAGAAUUAAAUAGCAUGGCUGGAACAUUUUUCAGUGUUGGUCAUUGUUAACUGACAAUUGCACCUCAAUCAGCCAAAGGUAAAUAGUAAUUUAGGUAGGGGAUGUAUAAAUUUCAAGAACUAAUCUUUCUAAUUAAUAAAAUUUUUUCAACUUCAAAGAGGUUUUAUGACUGGAGCACUUGUUUAGGCAAGCAUAAUUUCUGACAAACUAGUCAAAGAUAGGAGUGAAAGCUGUCUCCACAUAAAUUUCCUUUUGGAAACUAUCUUGCAGGGGGCUGGUGGGAUUUGAUAGAUAGUUCCUGUUACACAUAAUGACCACCCCCCCUUCAUAAGAAAUUUUUUACCUGACCCCCAUGCCCUUGUAGAUAGAUAGACACCUUUAUGUAGCCCUAAAUAUUUGGAAUGAUCCCCCAUGAAAAUUAAAAAGUGAAAUUGUUGCAGUCUGAAAAACAAAUUAUAUCAGUUUCAAGCCUGUUUAAUUUUUAACAUGACCUGAAAAUUUUAAAUUUCAGAGCCCCAUGAACGCUAUUUUACGUAUUCUGGCAGAACUUUUGCACUGUUAUAGAUGCUGUCAUUACUUAACAAUACCUAGAGAAAAUAGACAAAAGCAUGACAGAAAGCUGACAUUGCCGCUGUAUUAUCAAAGGGAGGUUAUUUGUGGAGGUUGAGCAAUAUUUAGCAACCAAAUGCUUAGUAGGGGCUUAGUUCCUGUUGUAGGGUACCUUACAAAGUAGGGGGCCGAACUUUUUAAAUUUUCAGAACCUCGGGAAUGUUAUUUUAGGAAUUCUGGCGGAGCUUUUGGACUAUUGCGGAAGCUGUCAAUAAGGUAAUAUAAGGUCCCCCUAAACAUCGCACAUUUAUUAUGCCACAUUGUUUGGCAUGGUCCCCCAAAUCCCCCCCCC